AUGGCUAUGACAUCCUCCAUGACCCGCUCGCGACGAGCUGAAGGUCUCCUCCACCCCUCGCAUCCCAACAUCCAUCGCACCCAGCCGCUCGCGACGGCAAAGACGCAGAACCAGCCGACCUUUUCCCCCAAUUCCCACCGCCAAAAGCGACAGCUCGAUCAUUCCGAAGGCGACUUCUCCCUCGUUGUGCACAAGAAGGCCAGGAUCGCUGUCGAGAUAUCAUCGAGUUCGUCUCUGCAUCCAAAGAGCGCGAAAGCGGCCACCGACGCGAAAGCAAGCCUCCCCCAGGCUGCGCCCGCCAAAACCCCCAAGCCCAAACCCGCUGCAGACGCGGGCCCCAAUCCCCCGAAACCGUCACGCGCGCCCCCUCCUCCCGCCGUCGCCACGGCCACGGCCACCACGCCCGUUGCAAAUGGUGCUGCCCGGGGCAAACAGCCGCCGGCUUUCCCAAAACACAAGGCGAAGGUGGUCAAUGGGCUCAAGCAUGAGCUGGACAGGCUGCAGCCGCAGCCGAUAGAAACGAAGGAGCAGGGUCGUAAGCUACGGUCGCAAGAGGCAAGCCGCUUCAAGAGCGAGCUCUCAGCCUACUUUCUGGACUAUGACGAGGUCAUUGGAAACGAUCCCAAGGAACAACAUUUGCUCAACCUCGACACACCUCUUGUAAUCGCCGAGUCGUCACCCUCGCAACCCCACAAUUCGGCACCACUUGCGACGGCGCAGGGCUCCUUGCAACCCCGCGCACGCGACACGUACCCGGUGCGGAACUUUGGCGAUGCCCUCUUCACCAAACUGGAAGAUGCCCAAAUAAUCGACAUGGGGUUCCUACCCGAGGCGAGCCGGAACCCGACGAAUACGGUAGAGGACCCGCUGCCAGACUUGGCGUACGAGCCUGCGCAUAAGAAGGCCGAGCGUCUCGAGCGCUCAAUCCGCAACUCGGAGAAAGGACGGGCUCAGCACGAGAAGGACCAGAUCAUCCGGCUGCUGGAUGGCCUGCAGGGGCCAGAUUGGCUGCGCGUGAUGGGAGUUAGCGGCAUCACGGAGAGCCGCAAGAAGACGUUUGAGCCGGCCCGUGCGCACUUCAUCCAUGGCUGCCAGACCAUCCUGGAUAAGUUCCGGCGGUGGGCUGCCGAGGAGAAGCGCCGCAAGCUGGCCAAGGAGCGCGCUGUCGCAGAGGCCGAGGCUGCUGCCACGGCCGCAGCAGCCGCCGCGGCCGAGAACGAAGCCGAAGUCGACGAAGAGAUUGGCGACAGUGAGGCCGAGGUGGUAGAAGAGGAGAUCGCAGACAGCGACGUCGAGAUGGUCGAUGCCGAGGACGGCGACACGGACCAAGACGUCGAACCUCCCGACUUUAGCGACAUCGACGCCUCGGUGGCUAAGCAGCUCCAGGAGGAAGCCGAGGCUGCCGAGGCCAAGAAGUCAACAACAGCGACGACGAGGCGAACUAGAUGGAAAGCGCCGCCGCCGCCGCCUCCGCCCUCGCACUCGCGCCAGCAGCAGCAGCAGCAGCAGCAACAGCAGCAGCAGCGUGUAGAGCAGCCCGAGACGCAAGCCGAGUUCAAGUCCUUCUUCAAGAAGAAGUACCAGCGAGACGCGGCGCUCAGCAAGAGCCGGCGCUCGGGCCGCACCGUCCUGGCGUGGGGCCACCCGGUGCCGGACAUGGACGCGGCCGAGUUUGAGCUGCCGGUCGAGUACCUGGACCAAGAUACCCUUCGAACACGGGCCAGGAAGAAGCGGCUAGACCGGCGGGCGAAGCAUUGA